AUUUCUUUAACUCCACUUCCUCUUUUUCAUUUAUUUUUCUUUUCGUUCCAAAUCCCUAAUCUCGAUUGCAAUUUCCUUUUUUCUUUAUUCACGCUCCUCUGAUCAUUCACCUUUGUCUUUUUAUCUGCCGGCGAGUUCCACCGAUUUCGUUUAUUCAUUUUAUCCCGGUAACUCGCUCACGCAAGCACCAAUUUCGUCCUCCCAGAGCGGAUCUAUGUUAAUGUAACCUUUUGAAAUUUCAGCUGGAAAAAGAUCCUCUAGUGCUUGUUAAUUUGUUGAAUUGAAUUGUGACAUCAUAUAGUGGUUGGAAUUUUGAGAUUUUAACUGUGGGAGCAAUAGUUUAUUUUGUUGUAUCAUGGAGAUACAGACAUGUGGCAAGCCAAUUGACUCCCUGCUAGAAAAGGUUCUGUGCAUGAAUAUUUUGUCAUCUGAUUACUUUAAGGAGCUCUAUCGAUUAAAAACUUAUCAUGAAGUUAUUGAUGAGAUCUAUAAUCAAGUUGAUCAUGUGGAGCCGUGGAUGACUGGCAAUUGUCGCGGCCCUUCUACUGCUUUCUGUCUUCUUUACAAAUUUUUUACGAUGAAGCUCACUGUCAAGCAAAUGCACGGGCUGUUGAAACACCCUGAUUCUCCUUACAUUAGAGCGGUUGGGUUUCUCUAUCUGAGAUAUUGUGGAGACCCAAAGACACUAUGGAGUUGGUUUGAACCAUAUAUAAAAGACGAGGAGGAAUUUUCUCCUGGAUCUAAUGGUCGAAUGACUACAAUGGGUGUAUACAUCCGUGAUUUGCUACUUGGACAGUAUUACUUCGACACACUGUUUCCUCGCAUCCCCGUUCCUGUAUUGCGGCAGGUUGUGUCUAAUCUUGAAAAGUUGAAGCUCCCCACUACACAUUCUGGUUCGACUGGGGAAUCUACCCGUCAUGGUUCUGAUGAUACUGCCCGCAGACCACCUUCGGUUAAAGCUGCUCUUUCAGUCUCUUUUGGUCAGCGAGCUCCACAUCGUGCCUCCACAAGGGAUUCUUCACCUAUUCGCCGUACAUUACCUUCUCAUGAAAGAAAUGGCAGUGAUGACAUAAGAAGAUCUCCAAGUAGUCGCCGCAGCCAAAGCCGGGAAUAUCCUGAUAGGGAUCGGGAUCGUGAACGGUCACGGUCCAGAGAUAGGGAUAGGGAUCAUGAUAGGGACCGGGACAGGGAAAGGGAGAGGGACAGGGAUCGAGAACGUGAUAGGGACAGAUACCGUGAUAGAGAUAGAAACAGGGAGUGGGAGCGUGAUCGAGACCGGGAAAGAUACAGGGAUCGUGACUCGGACCGAGAUCAGGAGAGGGACAGAAUCCGAAGGGAUAAGGAGCGGGAAAGAGAGAGGAGUUAUGAUUAUGAUAGGAGGUCUAAGCACACAGAAAGAGAAAGCAGCCGGGAUUAUGACAAUGGGAGCCGGCACUAUCGGAAGAGUCGGAGUAGAAGUAGAAGCAGGAGUAGGAGUCAGAGCCAGCAAGCCGGCACUGCUCGUCAUGAAUCACGUUCUAGUCCACCAAGAGAUGGGAGUAAAAGAACUUCUGCAUCCAGUAAUCUAGCUAAACUUAAAGAUAUGUAUGGUGAUUUAGGGGAUAAUAAAGGAGAAAUCCGCAUGGAAAAAAUUCCUAGAAAGGAUAGUGGAGGGGAAGAGGUUAUCAGACUUGGCGGUUCUACUUGGAAGUAUUGAAAGUAACCAGGGAAUGCUUGUGUCAGAUGUUGGAUGUGACUUUCACAAAAAAUAUUGGGUCUAGUCCUUUUGUUGCUGUCGUCUCUUGGUUGGCCGAUCUUUUAGAUCGGUGAUGAAUGCUAUCUAUUAUAGAUAAUGUAUACUAAAAUUUAUCCCUGUUGCAUUGAUUUUCAUGCUUUGUAAUCGCAAGUUUUAGACUAAAGAUAAUUCUAUGUAGUACCGAACUUCUA